AUGGACAAAAAUCCCCAUUCAGAAAUUCAACUCCCUCCGGGAUUUAGAUUCCACCCUUCUGAUGAAGAGCUUGUAGUUCACUAUCUAAGAAACAAAGUUACUUCAUCUCCUCUUCCUGCUUCAUUCAUAGCAGCAAUAGAUCUCUACAAGUAUAAUCCAUGGGAGAGUCCAUGUAAGGCUUUGUUUGGUGAAGAAGAAUGGUAUUUCUUUACUCCAAGGGAGAGAAAAUAUCCGAAAGGACUAAGGCCUAAUAGAGCAGCUGGUGCAGGUUAUUGGAAAGCUACUGGAACUGAUAAACCUAUUCUGACUUCAUGUGGUUUGAAAAGCAUAGGAGUGAAGAAAGCUCUGGUGUUCUAUAAGGGACGUCCACCAAAAGGAUCCAAAACUGAAUGGAUCAUGCAUGAAUAUAGGCUGCAUGAUUCAGUGAUCUCAAAUUCCAAGCAUAACAGUUCUAACUUCCAUCUGGAUGAGUGGGUGUUAUGUCGAGUUCGACAAAAAGCCAGAAGCCUGAGAAGGGGUUUGGAAGAUUCAAAUGAACUUAGUUAUUAUGAACCAACAAGUCAGUUUCAUCAAAUGAAUGAGAACUCUAAUCCUGAACCAGUGAAAAACUAUGUGCAGAAUGAAUAUCCAAUGUUACCUUAUAUUCUGACUUCUAAGAGUGUUCUUCCCAAUACCAUUGGUAUGUCAUCAGAGAAUGUAAAACCACAUGCUUCAUUUUAUGAAGAAAACAACUUAAACAUAAUAGGAGCACAGUUCUUAUCAUCUGCAACUGAGGGAUUGUUUGAUAAUCCUCUGAAGAGAAAAGUAGUUGAAAAUAAUAGCGAUACUGACUUUUAUGCUGUCCUCAAUCAAAACGUAAGCAGAGAAGUUGAAAAAGAUUCAAGCAAAGUGUACAAUUUCAGCAACUUUGAUCAGUGGAGUUCAAUCAUACAACCUCAAGAGCUUAAUAGCUUAGCCUUCACUGGAUAUACAUAAGUACCUCAAGAGCUUGAUACUUUAUG